CUGCGGCGGGAGGCUGCGAAUCCUCCAGAGCCCAUGAUGAACCCACGCGACCUCGACCCCGGCGAUAGCACGGGUGUUCGUGAUUUCAUGACGUCGCCCCAGAUCUGGAGAACCCGCCCCGUAAUCCGCCAUUUAAAACGUGCGUGACCGGGAGGACGCGUCCCUUCCCUCCCCCCGACGGCGACCAUGACCUCCACCAUCGACCCCAAAGCGAUCGGCAAGCCCGCGCCGCGCGCGCGCCGCCAUGUGCGCUCGCUCACCGGCUACCUCCCCGAGACGGACGAGCACGGCAAGGAGAAGUGGCCGCGCGGGGACGAGAAGACGUGGAAGGAGAACAUGCGCUCGCUCGAGACCGAUGUGCCGGGGAUCUCGAGGACCAUCGUGCACCACGUCCAGACGUCGCUGGCGCGCCAGGCGUACAACCUCGACAACCUUGGCGCGUAUCAGGCGGCGGCGCUGUCCGUGCGCGAUAAUCUUAUCUUGAACUGGAACGACACGCAGCUGCAGUACACGCGCAAGGAGCCUAAGCGGGCGUACUACCUUUCCCUUGAGUUCCUCAUGGGACGCGCGCUGGACAAUGCAGUCCUCAAUCUUGACCUUAAGCAGCAGUACAAAGAGUCGACCGAGAAACUCGGCUUCAACAUGGAGGAUCUGCUUGAGCAGGAGCGCGACGCCGCCCUCGGCAACGGUGGUCUUGGCCGCCUCGCCGCCUGCUACCUCGACUCGUCCGCAUCCAUGGAACUUCCUGUGUGGGGCUACGGCCUGCGCUACAAGUAUGGCAUCUUCCAGCAGCUGAUCUCGCCCGAGGGUCAGCAGCUCGAGGCUCCUGACCCCUGGCUCGAGAACCAGAACCCGUGGGAGCUCCCCCGGCUGGACGUGCAAUACGAGGUGCGCUUCUACGGAAGCGCGGACAGGCUGAACGACGGAACGCCGCGUGCGGUCUGGAGCGGCGGGCAGGAGGUGAUUGCGCAGGCGUACGAUGUGAUGAUCCCCGGGUGCUUCACGAAGAGCACGAACAACCUCAGGUUGUGGGAGAGCAAGCCGAAGCGCGGGUUCGACUUGAACUCGUUCAACGCGGGCGACUACGAGCGCGCGGUCGAGGCGUCGAACAGCGCGAGCGCGAUUACCUCCGUCCUCUACCCGAACGACCAUACGACGUUCGGGAAGGAGCUCCGUCUCAAGCAGCAAUACUUCUGGACAGCUGCCAGUCUUGCUGACAUGAUCCGCCGCUUCAAGAACAUCGGAAAGCCCAUCACGCAGUUCCCUGACUACGUCGCUAUCCAGCUCAACGAUACCCAUCCGACGAUGGCUAUCCCCGAGCUGAUGCGCAUCCUCGUCGACGAGGAGGACGUGCCCUGGGACACCGCCUGGCAGAUUACCACCAACACGUUCUUCUACACGAACCACACCGUCCUCCCCGAGGCGCUGGAGAAGUGGCCGGUCCCGCUCAUGGAGCACUUGCUGCCGAGGCACAUGCAGAUCAUCUACGAUAUUAACAUGUACUUCCUGCAAGCCGUUGAGAAGAGGUUCCCGGGCGACCGUGAUAGGUUGGCGCGCAUGUCGCUGAUUGAGGAGGGCUUCCCUAAGCAAGUCCGCAUGGCGUACCUCGCUUGCAUUGGCAGUCGCAAGGUCAACGGUGUUGCCGAGCUUCACAGUGAGCUCGUCAAGACUACCAUCUUGAAGGACUUCGUCGAGUUUGAGGGCACUGGCAAGUUCAGCAAUGUCACUAACGGCAUCACACCCCGUCGCUGGCUCGACCAGUGCAACCCUGAGCUGAGCGCGCUCAUCACAAAAUCGCUCGGCGUCCCGAAGCAGGUCUGGCUCAAGGACCUCUUCAUGCUGAAGAAGCUCCUCCCGCUCGCCGAGGACGCCGCCUUCCGCCAGGAGUGGGCCGCAAUCAAGCAGCGCAACAAGGAGCGCCUGGCACACCACGUGCGCACGACGCUCGGGCUUGAGAUCAACACCCACGCGAUGUUCGACGUGCAGAUCAAGCGCCUGCACGAGUACAAGCGGCAGUCGCUGAACAUCCUCGGUGUCAUCCACCGCUACCUGACGCUCAAGGACAUGAGCCCGGAGGAGCGCAAGAAGGUCAACCCCCGUGUCGUGUUCUUCGCAGCGAAGGCGGCGCCGGGCUACUGGAUUGCGAAGCUGAUCAUCCGCCUCAUCGUCAAUGUCGCCCGCGUGAUCAACGCGGACGCGGAUACGAAGGACUACCUCCAGCUCUAUUUCCUGCCCGACUACAGCGUCUCCCUCGCCGAGAUCCUCAUCCCCGCCUCCGACAUCAGCCAGCACAUCUCGACGGCGGGCACAGAGGCCUCGGGCACGUCGAACAUGAAGUUCUGCCUGAACGGCGGGCUGCUGCUCGGCACGGUCGACGGCGCGAACAUCGAGAUCGGCGAGGAGGUCGGGACGAGCAACGUCUUCUUCUUCGGCUACCUCACGCCUGAGGUCGAGCAGGUGCGGUACAACAACAUGUACCACCCGCGCUCGGUCGAGGAGAAGUCGCCCGCGCUGGCGCGCGUCCUCCGCACCGUGUCGGAGGGCCUGUUUGGCGAUGGUAGUAUCUACGAGCCGUUCCUCAACACCGUCCGCCAAGGCGACUACUACCUCAUCGCAGAUGACUUCGACUCAUACAUCGACGCGCUCAAGAUGGUUGACGAGGCCUACCUGGACAAGGAGGAGUGGAUCAAGAAGUCGAUCUACACGGCGUGCAGGAUGGGCAAGUUUAGCUCGGAUCGCGCCAUUAUGGAGUACGCGGAGAGCUACUGGAACCUCGAGCCCGUCAAGAUCCCGGCGUAGGAUAUGGAAGUCGUCGCUGGUCUUCCUUUUGGGAGACCUAUAUACAUUGUCGUGAAAGGAAUACAUGUUGCUGUACUGUGUUUUUGUCGACGGCUAGAUAUGGACAUUCGAGUCA